AUGGAUAACUUCGAGUACAGCAUCCAGCUGAACGACAGGGAAUGGGCUGAGUUCUUCUUGGCCUCAGAGGAGUGCAACCUCGCCCCGGCCUCGCUGGCCACGGCCGAGGAGCAGUGCCUCAGUGACAUUGAGCAAGGGGACGGCCACGCCGGCCCCGACAGGCUGAUCCCAGCCGGGGAGGGCAGCGAGCCAGCGCCUGGCACAGGGAGCUCUGCCCCACGUGGGGUGCCUGGAGACACCCCCCUGCGCUGGCAGGCCGGUGGGCACCUCUCCCCGCCGGAGCUGCUGUCGGGCAGCGAGGACGAAGCAGAGCUGGGCUCGGUCGGCAGGUUCCUGUGUGAGAGUGACCAGCCCGGCUGCCCGUCCGGCCCUGCCAUGCCCAGCGCACAGAGGAGGCAGCCCCCUCGCCCCCCUGCAGCCCCCCUGGCCGGCCAGGCUGGUGGCACAGCCCAGGGCAGCCCGGGGCAGGACACAGCAGGUGAAGCAGCAGCGUCGGAGAAAGGAGCAGCCGGAGGCAGCCGAGACAUGGAGACCCCCGGCACCCCAAGCACCCCCGAGCCGGGAGGGGACACAGGAGGGGGACAAUCCCAUGGCAGCGAGGUGGUGGCACAGCCGAGGACUCUGGCGGGGGGUAGUUCACCAGCACCCCCUGCCAGGAAAAGGCAUCCCAGCGCUUCCCACUCGGAGCCCAAGCUGCGGGGACCCUCGUGUGACCCCCCCAGCCCAUGCCCGGGGGCUGCGCAGGAGGAGGCGAGCGGGGAGAGGGCGGGGGCCGAGCAGAGCUCCCCGGCCGGGUCCCCCAGCGUGGUGAGGCCCAAGGUGCCGGGGCAGCAGAAGAAGAGCCGCAAGCAGCGAGGGGCCAGCACUGCCGAGGGGGACAGGGAGCCUGGGGGGGCUGCGGCUCAGGGGCCCACACAGGGACCCGGGAAGGCACCUCCGGGCUCGCCAAUGUCCUCUCGGAAGAGCAAAGGGAAGGAGAAGGCGGCCAAGGCGGCUUUGGGGAGGAUGAGCAGUGAGGAGGCGGCGGAGAGCAAGCUGUCGGUGCCCGGCCCUGGCGUGGAUGAGGGGGGUCCAGCCGGGAGUGCUCCCCCGAGGCAGAAGGGGAAGGAGCCAGGGGCACAGUCCCCAGGGAAGACAAAGGCCACCAAGCCCUCAAAGGCAGGGCAGGCUGGUGGCUUGGGCGUACGUGACGGUGCACCAGUGAUCCCUGACAACGGAGCCGUGGCUCCUUCGGGAGAGGCAUGCCAGGAGAUGCCAGGGAAGCCUCUCCAACCCAACAGCAUGGCAGCUUUCGGAGGGGAUGCUGCUGAGGGAGCCUGGAGGGAUCCUGCAGCUGAGAUCCCUGGACUGAGCCCCCCGUGCUUUGCAGAUGGGGCUUCUGCAAGGUCAAACACCCUGGACGUGACCUGGCCUGAGAUGUAUGACUAUUUUUUCUGUGAUUCCCAAGAGGAAGAAGAACUGGGGAGCUCAGUGGAGGGGCGGAGAUCACCCUUGCAAAGGGAAAUAUCCUGGCCUGAACUGUACGAGUAUUUUUUCAAUGAACCAGAAGGAAACAGGAAAAAAGUCAAAGGUAAAGACAGGAAAAGAAAGAAGUUCAGCAGCUUGGACCACACUGGGCUGCAAAAUGAGGAUCCCAGCUCAGCUGCAGUCAAGGACACUGUGAUUAUCUCAGUCCCCGAGGUGUGUGAACACUUCUUCCCAGAGACACCUAGGAACAGGAUGGGCUGGAGAGGGAUUUUCUCAAUCGCUCCAGCCUCCGAGGUGAAGAGAGCUGUGGGGGCUCUGAAGUCCCUCCUGCAAAGGCAAAUCCACCCCGACAGCGGCCAAGGCCCAGCCUCCCAGGCUCUGGUGCCGAGAGGAUCCGCAGAGAAGUUCGCCCUCGUCCCACUGGCUCCCCCGGGAAGAGGCCAGGUGUGGCCAGAGAUAGGAGGUGAGGAGAUGGCCCUUGCACUGAGAGGGGCAGCAGAGGAUCCACGAGUGCUGACCCACAAAGACAUGUGCCUGGUGUUCUGUGCCUUUGCAUCCUGGGCAGUGAAGACAUCUGACCUGCAGGCUCCGGAUGCCUGGAAGACCAUGUUCCUGGCAAGUUUUGGCACGCUCUCUGCCAUCCGCUACUUCCGGAGGCAGGUCAGAGAAGGACAACCCCGGACUUAG